UCGGAACUUGACAGGGAGACAAGUCUCUAGAAGGUUCUAUGUCUACCUUCUUCUGUUUUCUCCCUUCCCAUUUUCUAUCCGACCCCUUCGUGCAAAAACCCUAAACCCUGGAAGAACCCGAAUUCCAUCCAUCCAACUCUUGAAGGUUCGUUAGUCCUCUUUUCUAACAGAAUAAGAGAAGCUUUCCUUUGCCGUUAGUUUUCUACUAAUUUCAGUUGAAAUUCCCGUGGGGAGUUCUUCCGGAAAUUCAGGGCCUCGCAGCAUUCAUUGGUGCUUAAAAGUAUUACGUAGAUUUUAUUUUUAUUACUUUUGCGCCUGUGGUUAGUAGGCUUGGAAGCUAAAUUUCUAGAGCGUCUUAAAUUCCGAACAGCCAGCAGGAAGACUAUGGCCACUUCGGUUCUUCUCAGAUCGUUGAGGCGUUCGUCGUAUCUCUCUAGUUGCGCAUCAUUGACUGAAAAUGCCAAGAUCUCAUGGGCCAAUUCUCCAUUUGGUCACAAAUGGGCAAGUCUGUCUAGGCCAUUCAGCUCAAGGCCUGCUGGGAAUGAUGUUAUUGGAAUUGACUUGGGUACCACGAACUCAUGUGUUUCAGUAAUGGAAGGAAAGAACGCAAAAGUUAUUGAAAAUUCUGAAGGAGCUCGGACCACUCCAUCUGUGGUUGCUUUCAACCAAAAGGGCGAGCUACUUGUGGGAACUCCAGCCAAACGCCAAGCUGUGACAAACUCAACAAACACUCUUUUUGGGACCAAACGUCUUAUUGGGAGAAGGUUUGAUGAUCCUCAGACACAGAAAGAGAUGAAAAUGGUUCCAUACAAGAUAGUCAAGGCCCCUAAUGGUGAUGCCUGGGUUGAGAUCAAUGGGCAGCAAUACUCGCCAAGCCAGAUUGGGGCUUUUGUUCUGACUAAGAUGAAAGAAACCGCAGAGUCUUACCUUGGGAAGUCUGUUUCCAAAGCUGUGAUCACCGUUCCAGCUUAUUUCAAUGAUGCACAAAGACAAGCGACAAAGGAUGCAGGAAGAAUUGCUGGUCUAGAUGUACAGAGAAUCAUUAAUGAACCAACAGCUGCAGCACUUUCAUAUGGGUUGAAUAACAAGGAGGGUAUCAUAGCUGUCUUUGAUCUUGGUGGUGGCACUUUUGAUAUUUCUAUACUAGAAAUCUCAAAUGGUGUUUUUGAGGUCAAAGCCACUAAUGGUGAUACAUUCUUGGGUGGGGAGGAUUUUGACAAUGCCUUGUUAGAAUUCUUGGUGAGUGAGUUCAAGAGAACAGAAGGGAUUGAUCUUUCGAAGGACAGGCUAGCCCUGCAGAGACUUCGGGAAGCAGCAGAGAAAGCUAAAAUAGAACUUUCAUCCACAUCUCAGACUGAAAUCAACCUUCCAUUCAUCACUGCCGAUGCAUCAGGUGCAAAACAUUUGAACAUUACAUUGACUAGGUCAAAAUUUGAGAGUUUGGUGAACCACUUGAUUGAAAGGACCAGAAACCCCUGUAAGAAUUGUCUGAAGGAUGCUGGUAUCUCCACCAAGGAUGUGGAUGAGGUUCUUCUUGUUGGAGGAAUGAGCCGUGUUCCAAAGGUACAAGAAGUUGUUGCAGAGAUCUUUGGUAAGAGUCCAAGCAAAGGGGUGAAUCCCGAUGAGGCAGUUGCUAUGGGAGCUGCAAUUCAGGGUGGCAUCCUCCGUGGAGAUGUUAAGGAACUUCUUCUCUUGGAUGUUACUCCUCUAUCCCUUGGUAUUGAAACUCUUGGUGGUAUUUUCACCAGGUUGAUCAACAGAAAUACAACAAUUCCAACGAAGAAGAGCCAGGUAUUCUCUACAGCUGCUGACAAUCAGACUCAAGUGGGCAUUCGGGUGCUACAAGGUGAGCGUGAAAUGGCAUCUGAUAACAAGCUUCUAGGUGAGUUCGAGCUUGUAGGUAUGCCACCCGCACCUAGGGGCAUGCCACAGAUUGAAGUGACAUUUGACAUUGAUGCCAACGGAAUUGUCACUGUUUCUGCCAAGGACAAGGCCACUGGGAAAGAACAACAGAUUACAAUCAGAUCAUCCGGAGGACUUUCUGAAGAUGAGAUUGAGAAAAUGGUCAAGGAGGCCGAGUUGCAUGCUCAGAAGGAUAAAGAGAGGAAGGCAUUGAUUGAUAUUAGAAACAGUGCGGACACAACCAUCUAUAGCAUAGAGAAGAGUCUCUCUGAGUACAGAGACAAGAUCCCCAGUGAGGUUGCAUCAGAGAUUGAAUCUGCAGUGGCAGAUCUUAGGAAGUCGAUGGCAGGGGAAGACAUUGACGACAUCAAAUCUAAGCUUGAUGCUGCAAACAAAGCUGUCUCCAAGAUUGGUCAGCACAUGGCGGGUCACUCCAAUGCUUCUGGAGGGUCUCAGGGUGGUGACCAACCUCCAGAGGCAGAAUACGAGGAAGUAAAGAAGUAGGUAUAAUUGGUUUUGAGUAGUUUACAAGAUUUUACAGGUGUGUUAUUUUUGUUCAUUAUUGUGAGGGUUUUGGCGACCAUGCAUGAAUGUUAGAACUGAAAGUUCUAAAAAGAAAAAAGUUUCAAUAGAGGGAGGGGAGCCAUUACUUAGCACGCCACCUGGUUCCAAGUUUCCAACAAAUGAGAGCACGUGACAAAGAUUCUCAUGUGCGACUUCACUCAAAGUAAGAAUUGGUAUCUGCUCAUCAUAGUGUACCUCACACCUUCCUCUAAGCCACAUCCCACCCUGUUUUGGGAACAUCUCCCCGUAAAUAAUACGGGAGAUGUUCCCAAUGUGCGGCCAGGACACACAGUAAAGUGUGCUCUGUGAGGAGCAUAUCCAGACUCUCAAAGUAAUGAUAUCUGUACACGUAAUGCCCUAAAAACCUGGCAUGAAGCUUCACAAAUGCACCCAAUUUGAGAGGCUUAGUUAGUAUAUUUGCAACUUGGUCUUCACUGCAACAAUAAACCAAUUCAAUGAUUCCUUCUUUUGUGAGAUCUCGAAGAAAAUGGUAUCUCGCAUCUAUGUGUUUGUUAUUAUCAUGUAGAACUGGAUUCUUGGAUAGUUUAAUGGCUGAAUUAUUAUCACAAUAUAUCUGUAUACUCUUCUGCUUGAAACAAUGUAACAAUUCAAGUAUUCAUUUCAAUCAAAUAGUUUGAUACACACAAGAAGCUGCUGCUAUAAACUCUGCUUCUGUUGUAGA